GAAAAAAUAAAGAAAAAGAAAGCUACGAUUCAUUGAUUGCUUCUCUCUCCCCCUCUCUCUCCACAUUUCUCGCAAACUCCAUUGUGUUGCGUGUACCAAACCAUAAACGCAGAUUCAUUUGCAGAAUAGCUUUUUUCUUCAGAGGCUGAGUCAUGGGGAGGGUGUUUGUGACACAUCUUGAAGGGAAGUUCUAUAGUUGUAAACACUGCCGCACUCAUCUCGCUCUUUGUCAAGACAUCGUCUCCAAGUCUUUCCACUGCAGACAUGGGAAAGCUUAUCUCUUCAGUAAGGUCGUGAACGUUUCUCUUGGUGAAAACGAGGAGAGACAGAUGAUGACUGGGUGGCAUACUGUGGCAGACAUUUUCUGUGUUGGUUGUGGAUCGAUUGUGGGUUGGAAAUAUGAAACUGCCCAUGAAAAAACCCAGAAGUACAAGGAAGGAAAAUCUGUCCUUGAACGGUACAAGGUUUCAGGUCCUGAUGGCAGCAAUUAUUGGGUCAGCCAUGAGGCACAUGUUGGUGGGAGUGAUGUAGAUGAUGCUUAGUAAUAAAUAAACCCACCGUUGACAAUUAAAUUGUACAUACCCUUUAACUCCCUCUCUGUUGUUCAAUCUAUGUGGAUUUACAGGGGCGAAUUAGCCAAAUCAGCAUCCCCCCCCAAAAAAAAAACACAGUACAUUUGGUUGUUGAUUCUCAUGUAAAAAGAAGUACUAAUGCGCACACUUCUGAUCUAUCAAGUUGUUCAUUUGUGGUUAA